AAUAAAAAAUGUCACACUAAUAUAUAAAAUUUAAAAAUAUGACAUUGAACUCGCAGAACAAAAUCUGAAAUUGAAUCUUAAUUUAAUUCUUAAUGUUCUUGAUAUCGCCAAAGAAAUAUGUACGAGAAAGAAGGUGAAUAGAAGAAUAUAAUAAUUAUUAUAUUACAAUCGAUUAAUAUUCAUCAAAAUUAUUAUAAUAUAGAUAUUACAUAUAUAUAUUAUAAUAUAUAUUAAAGGAGACAGUAAAUAAGAAAAUGUAAGAAACUACUUUUUUUGACGUGGCAAAGUCGCUGCCUUUCUUUCGACUUCUAUUUUUGAAUACGCUUCACUUCGCGCUUCAUCGCUUUAUAUUUAAAACCAAAGAGAACACGAGAGAGAGUCCCUCAUGUCUCGUGGCAUUCGUGUUGUCGCGCAUUGUUUUCCAGAGAAGCAGAUAACGGCUGUCAGCGAUAAACAGUCAGGAUUCUUUCCGCCUUCCUAUUAUCUACCUCGGGGGCGGGAAACAUAUGAAAGAAGAGAGAAGGAAGAAUAGCGCGUCCUUCCGCGGAUUCACAGAUAUUCUUUUCAUUCCCAACAGACUCGGCAGCAUCGGUGGUACAGUGAUACAACAUACUCUCAACAGCGUUGUUUACCGGCGGUUAUACUCGUGACUAGAUUUAUUUUGAAAUAACUUAUACAUGUAACGGAAGAAUCCUCGAGAUGAUAUAUAAGUCAACGAUCGACGCAUCAACCUCGAACAGUAAUGAAAAUUUAAUGAUUUAUCCGCGAUUAUUGAAAACUGGCUCUUAUCACCUCGCGAAAAGAGUCUUUUCCUUGAUGCAGAGACAAAUCACGAUGAUAAAAUUGGUCCUAUUGUUAACGAUCAUCUGCAUUAUUAUAUUGUUAAUACUGACGAAUUUAACACAAACGUCGUACACGAAGACAAACAUAGAAUCGACCGCAUCGCCGAGGUAUGCGAUGCCGAAAUACGCGUCUGAAAUAAUAAUACCGCGAGUAACGAUGUCGAGAAAUCAAAUGGAGGAUAUUAAAAGAGAGCUGGAGAGCAGAAAGCGACGAAUGGUAUGCAUGUGUGAAUCAAUUGACAUGAAGGAAUCGCGCUUAGACGCCGCAUUGACCAACAUGAUCAUCGAUACGGAGCAUAAUGUAUCGUGGUGUCCCAUAUACAAGGCGGCGAGUUCUACAUGGAUGAUUUACUUUGCCGCAUUAAAAGGCGCUUUGACAGACGUUACUAUGGAUUUAAUACGACGCAAUCUUGUACAAGCCAGUGAUAUUGUGAGACAGAAAUUUCGACACAAUGAGAAUUUUAAUAAGACAUAUGAGAAAGUAAGCAAAACUAAGAGAUUCCUGAUCGUGCGAGAUCCGCUGGAGCGUCUCUUGUCCGCGUACAGGGACAAGUUGGAACAUAUGCAGAGUCGCGAAUAUUAUUACAGACGCUUUGGACGGCGCAUCGCGCUCAAAUAUCGCCAGCCCGGCGACAACGCGACGAGAUUAGAGCCGACGUUCGCGGAAUUUUUGCGAUUUAUAGCCAACGAGAAGUACUUCGACGAGCAUUGGGCGCCAUAUUAUCACACCUGCGAACCAUGCGCGCUCCAGUAUGAUUACAUACUGAAGAUCGAGACUCUGGAUCGAGAUUUAAACUUUUUCAUACAGGAUACCAAACUGAGUGACUAUCUCUACGAAGUGAAACAUCCACGAAACAUUAAUCCUCACGGCGCGACCACUAAGAAAUUACUCGGCGAAUAUGUCACAGGGAUACCGCGAUCGCUUCUUGAUCAGAUUUACAAAAUCUACGAAAACGAUUAUAAAUUAUUCAACUACUCGUUUAUAUAAUACGUCACAUGUUUCAUUUUACAUUAUUUAUACAGGCAGCUUGUAAUUAAAUUUAUUAAAUAAAUGCAGAGAAUAUUAAAAUUUGCAGACUUUUUCUCUUAAACAUGAUAUAAUACACGAUUUUUUAAAAUUAUUUUUUGUCCCUUCAGUAUUCUUAGAGACAGAGUUUGUGUAUACAUAUAUAUUUAAAUAUAUUUAUUUAAUAUAAAUAAAACACAAUAUAAGUGCACAAUGUAUACAAUUUUCUUAGAUUUUAAAUGCCUUUUAAAUUAAGUAAGCAUAUGUUCAGACAACACAAAAUAAAAGAAGAAAAAUUACAGAAUAUAUAUAAAAGAUGUAGCCAAAAAAUAACAGAUAAAGGCUUUUCAAUAUGCAUGUGACAUUGUAUAUAUAAAGUGUAGAAUAAAAUGAUAUUUAAAAGCUGUCAACAAAUG